GUGGUACACUGUGGAUACGGUAUAUGUAUGGCCGCUGUAUAUAUGGCCCGAUAAUCCGCACUUCGAAUUUGCGUCCUUUCGCCAAGGGUCACUAUGCAGCAGGAACUACCGCCCCCACAGGGUCAGAUACGCUCUUCAACCAAGAGAUCUGUCUCAGUUAGCAGGGCAAGUGCGGCCUAUCCGAGAAAAAGAGCAGUGACAGCAUGUCAAGUUUGCCGUGCUCGGCGAACCAAGUGCGAUCAGAAAAAGCCCUCCUGCUCGUUUUGUACCAGCAUCGGAGCGGAGUGCAACUCGGAUCCUGGGUCCCUAUCCGCCUUUGACCCGGCAAGCAUUGAGAUCAUUGAGCGACUAGAUAGUCUGCAACGAAAGCUCGAUUCCUUUUCCCAAGUCCCACUUUUGGACUCUGUUGUGCAAUUCAACGACGGAAAUGGCGGAGAUAAAAACGCACACCAUAAUAACAAACCCCUCGGAAACUUCUUACCCGGAACCCUGGAUGCAGUUCUGAAAUGGCCAGUUUUCGAGCACUUUACUCUGCCUGUCGUACAAACUCCUAGCCAAUGCAGCCCAGCCUCACCAUGUUCCUCCACACAAGCACCUUCCAUUAGCGAUGAGCUCCAUCCAGCAGCAUGCAAUCAGUGGCUAGAUGCCUUCUUCCGUCAUGAUCAUUGCAAGAAUCCGGUCUUGAAUGAGCAGGAUACUCGACGCUUAGUUCGCAAAGUCUGCCAGGAAGGCGUGGGCUGGGAUGCCGAAUCAUGUUUGGUACUUCUUGUCUGUGCGAAUGGUGCUCUGGCUCGUCCUUUGUCCAGCCCUUCCAUCUCUACCGAUGAAGUUGCUUCGUCGAUUUCUAAUGCCUUAUUCACGGCAUCAUUAAAGCGACUUGGAACCGCGAUGGGGUCUACGGGUGUUGUGCAGGCGCAAUGUCUCUUUUUCGCCGGUGUUUUUCUGAUGUCCACUCUACGGCCCUUCGACGCAUGGCGCAUGUUUCUGCAGUCACUCGCUAUCUGUCAGAGUUUCACGCACUGUAAUCAACCUGACUCUAUUAGUGACGACAGGUCCAGGUCCACUGUAGAGGCUGAGGAAAGCAUUUACUGGUCAUCAUGGAAGUCAGAGCGGGAGUUGAGGUGGGAAUUAGGCCUCCCCGACUUUGAUGAAAUGGGUCUUAACACUCCACCAUCCUUCCCGAGCUGUUCUGAAAGUUGCGAAGCCGACCAUCUUCGAGCCUGGUGCUUCUAUUUAUCUGAGAUUUCACUUUGGCGAUUGGAGACAGCAGCAAAGAACGAAAUAAAAAGACUCGUCCUCGAGACACCAGCUCAGGUCUUUGAGGCUCUAGCUGAAAAGGCUGAAGAAAAUGUUCAGCAAGUCAUUGCCUGGCAAGAUUCAUUGCCAGGCAGUGUGAGCAUUGCGGAACACGAGUUACCAACGGGAGAUGACGGUGAUAUUCUUAGAUUCAUUCUCAGAGGGCGUACCACAUACUUCCAUGAGCUGAUUUCAUGGCCUUUCAUCUACGCUGUGGUAAACGAUGGAGAAGAGACACUACAUAUCAGACAAUGGGCAGCAAGAGGCUUUGAUUUUCAUCUCAAAAGACUAAGUAUCAACCGUCCAGGAUUUUACCACAGACAUCAUGGUACUUGGCUAAUGAUACGGUCUUCUGCUCGGAGUGCAUGUAUCUUGCUUGCGGGCGCCCAGGCUUCAUCCACGUCUCAAUUAUUACCACCCAACUGGCAGGAGGCUGUCGAAGCCACUAUUUCGAUGCUACAGUUCUGGUGCAACGAUAGCGCAGGACUUUCUGUUACUGUUGAUCUUUUGAACCGCCUUCUUUUAAACGUUUACGAUAAACAAUAAAGCCGCGCAGAAGUUUUCUUUAGGAAGAUGAUCUACGUACAUCAAAUAAGAAACAAUAGUUCUCGACAAGCGGCGACCGAGUUCUUACUAUUCUCCUACUGCUACUUGAGCCACAUACAGCACGCUCUUUCUACGCCGAACGUGUGACUCAAACCUUCUACUGCAAUUAUAAUGACAGCGGACACGCGGGUCACUAGACACAAUACACUCGAUGGAUCUAAAAAGGCGCUGGAGAUCUCUCUUGGAGAGAUGAAACCUAAAAGAAGUCUAUGGACACUAUGUAUAAGAGGGCUUGCUUAAUGCGAGUGCUUGGGGCCGUAUGGGUGUUGUAAUAAUAAUCUUGUGCCUGUUAUGUGCAGGUUUUCCUUCUCUGUUCUAAAACAAUACCAAUGUCACAACCUUAUUAUUCGUGUAUCAACC